AUGGCAGAUGAAACCAGACUCAAGAUGGAACCCAUCCUCAUCUCGGUGGCACUGCAUGUCUAUUACUUUACAUUAAAUGGAUUUCUUGGUUUAGGUGAAUGGCGACCCAUUCUAUCCAUUCCUUAUCUGCUUUUGUUUUUAUUGUCCACAAUUUCAAACUCUAUACUCAUAUAUUUAAUUAUUUCUCGGAAGGCUUUGCACUCUCCUAUGUGUGUACUAAUUGGUCUUAUGGCAGUUGUAGACUUGUGUUUACCAAUAUUUUUUGUACCAAAUAUGCUGCUUAGUUUCUUAUUUAACUGGAAUGGAAUUUCUCUUUUGGGCUGUUUGGGGCAAAUGUUUUGCAUUCAUGUAGUUGGUACUUUUCAGUCUACUAUACUGCUCUGGAUGGCUUUGGACCGGUUCUUUGCUAUAUGCCGACCUCUUUAUUACCAUACAUACAUGAAAAUGCCCAACUGUCUAAAGUUUAUAGUUUUUCCAGUUAUUAGAAACAUUCUCUUAAUUAUGAUAAUAGUGUAUUGGGCUGGAAAAUUAUCUUUUUGUGCAACAAAUACAAUAGAUCACUGUUUUUGUGAACACAUGGCAUUGGUUCAGCUUGCUUGUGGAGAUAUUUCCAUGAACAACAUAUUGGGGCUUCUAGCUGUUUUUCUUAUAACAACAGCUGAUGUUUUUUUGGUCAUAGUUUCAUAUUUAAUAAUACUGUCUUAUGUUCUAAAAACUGGCAAAGGUAGUGUAAAGGCUAUUAACACUUGUAUUACACACAUAAUUGUCAUGACAGUUACUGCUACCUUUGCUUUAAUUGCUUUUAUGUCAUACAGAAUACGAAAUAACUUUUCUCCCUCCAACCGUGUCUUUUUGAGUACAAUGUACUUGCUCUUUCCAAGUUGUUUCAACCCAAUUAUUUAUGGAGUACGAACUAAAGAAAUAAGAGAACAGUUUUUAAAAAUA